AUGUCUGCCGCCAAUGUCAAGAGUGCCUUGGAAACUGGUCUGUACAUUCGGACUCCCUUGAUAAAGUCGGCUCCCCUCUCCAAAUUGACUGGCAAGGAUGUCUACAUCAAGCUGGAUUGUCUGCAACCUUCAGGUAGUUUCAAAGACCGAGGAAUGGCCAAUCUGUGCCAAACCCUCCAGUCCACCAAGGGCACGCAAAAAUUGAUUGCGUCGUCGGGAGGCAAUGCUGGAUUGGCCGUUGCCACUGUGGCCCCCAAAAAGGGAAUGACUGUCAGUGUUGUGGUACCGGAAUCGACCAAGCCCAAUGUCAUUGAAAGACUCAAGGCAUUGGGUGCCGAAGUGACGGUGCAUGGGAAGAUUUGGAAUGAGGCCGAUUUAUUGGCACGACAACGCGUUGAUGAAGAUCCUCAAGCCGAAUACGUUAGCCCCUACGACAAUCAACUCCUUUGGACUGGCCACUCGACUUUGGUAGAUGAAGUCAUGGAAGAUUUGCCCCAAGUAGGAGCCGUCAUUGUGGGAGUUGGCGGCGGGGGAUUAAUGUGUGGCGUCUUGGAAGGUCUUGAGCGACAUGGACAAACCUCUUCCAAAGUCAUUGCCUGCGAGACAGAAGGAGCCGCCAGUUUUUGCAAGUCUUGGUUAAAGUCGCCACCCGCACUGAUUCGGUUGGAUACCAUUAGUUCCAUUGCAACAUCGCUUGGGGCCCUGGAAGUUACACAGGUGGCCAUUGAUCGAUCUCUCAAACAUCAGGAAAAUGGUGGCACGGUACAAGCAGCAAUCUGCACCGAUAAGGAAGCCGUAGAGGCUUGUCUGCAGUUCUCCUCCGAUCAUAGAAUCAUGGUGGAACCAGCCUGUGGGGCAGGUCUCGCGGCUCUGUACUCGGAACGUCUCCGAAAGCAGACUCUGGAAGGAGUGGAAGGGCCGAUUGUGGUGGAGAUUUGUGGAGGAAGUGGUGUGAAUCUCUCAUUGCUCAACAUGUGGAAGAAAGAUCUUGGAAUAGAAUAG